UAUGGUUGGUUGAUCGUGUGAUUAUUCGUUAUACCGAUUUUGUGUGUGUGAGUGAGAGAGAGAGAGAGUGGUGAGCAUUUUUUGUAUUGUGCAGUCUUUGUGAUGGCAUAUACGAUCAAAGUAAAGACAUUUAAUAAACAACAGUUUGACGUAUCGGUGGGAGAAUCUACCAAUAUUUAUACUGUCCACUCUUUACAAGAAAAGAUUGCAGAAGUUUCAGGUAUUGUAGCAGAUAGACAAACACUUUUAUACAAAGGGCAAGUGUUGGAUCCUGAUGCUCCUUUAGCCAAUUACAGUGUAUCCGAUGGUGUUACUAUCAACGUGGUGAGAAGAGUAGGAGCCAAGCCAAGUGGAAAUAAUUCUAAAAACCAUUCGGAUGUAUCAUCUUCUUCGGAAACCGUUUCAGAAGACAAAAAGCGAACAGAAGCUUCUUCCAGUUCGGCUAGCGUUGGACUGGGUACAAUAACAGAAGAUACUUUGAGUUCUUAUAUGAAGAAUUUAGGAAUGUCAAGUACCUUUCCUAAUACAGAUAAUCAAAGCCAAUUGAGCCAUUUAGUUCAGUCUUUGAUGGGCGGAGCGCAGAGUGGUAGUGGAGAUAUGGGUUCGAUGAGUGAGAUGCUUUCAAGUAUCUGGCAAACUCCAGCUAUGCAAGAAUACUUAAAUGAUCCUGAGAAAUUGGAAGCUAGUAGGCAAGCAGUGAAAAACAAUCCUUUUUUACAGCCUUGGAUACAAGCUGACCCAGAAUUUUCCAAAGUAUUGAAUGAUCCCGAGCGUUGGAAGGAAAGUAUGGAAGCUGCCAAAAUGAUGUUUUCCAAGACAGGUGGUGGUAUGGGUUUAUCGAGUUCAGAUAAUAUGAAACAUUACAAUAAUUCAAGUGGAGGAGGAGUCGGCGGAGGAAUAGCUGCAUCUUCUAGUUCAGGAAUGUCGACAAGUAAAACUAUUCCAAGUGCAGCAGAAGCUUCUUUAUUUGUUGGAGAAGCGGCACGUAAGAAAUUGGAAGCAGCUCAAGAACGAGUAAAGAGGCUUCCUGUCGACUUGAAGUUGCUUGCUCAAUCCUAUGGACAUGCAUUAGGUCAAUCACUUAUCAAUUCAGGUUUAGGUUUGGACUAUGAACAAGUAGUACAAGGUAUCAAAAUGGCAUGUACUGGACAAGACUUUCCAAUGUCUUUAUCUGAAUAUGAAAGACAAAUGAGUCUAUUACAGUCGGUUGCUCAAGAGUUUGUUUCUCAAGUCAAUUGGAAGGAAGCUAAUCAGUUUUUUGAAGAAAUUGCCAAUGACACCGAUAUUCAUGUGAUUGAGUCGGGAAAGAUUGUUUGGGAGUCUGGAGAAACCACUCCAGAUACUCAGGCACCUGCAGCUCAUAAGGAUUCUAAUGUGAUGAUUAUUCUCCAAGGUCGAUUAUUAGAUGGUCGUGUAUUCUUUUCUUGUCCUCCUGCUGAUGAAAGUGGAGAAGUCGUCCAUCCAUUGACAUUAUCUUUAACCAAUGCACCUUAUGCAUUGAGAAAAGGUAUUGAGGGAAUGAGAGAAGGAGAAGAUCGAACUCUUUAUGUGCAUCCCGACGCUUCAAAUGGAAUGAAUGAAUUGUUUGGUGAUGUAUUGCCUCCUAAUGCUUUGCUUAUUUUUGAUGUGGAGUUGGUGAGUGCUGAUAUAUCGGAAAUGGAAGACCCUGGAAACCUCAUGAGUUAUCCAAGUGGUUUUGGUGCUACUAGCAGUAGUGGUUUAGAAUGGGGAGAAGAAGACUUGGAUUAAUAAAUACAAGUAUACUCGACAUAUUCUUGUUUCUGAAAAGAUUGGAUAAGAAAUUCACCUACAAAUGC